AUGAGCGCUCGUACCAGAAGGCAGAAGGCCGCGCUGGCCGCUCAAACCGAAGGAAGCGACGACGUAUCGUCAACGAGUAACGGCACUAUACAAAGACCGCCCAAACAAAGCAGAUCAGCCUCGCCGGAAGAUGACGGAGUGACAGAGAAUGUAUACCUCUUUGCUCCAAAUAUUAUUGGUUAUGUGAGAGUUGUCCUGGCGAUUGCGUCCCUCUACUAUAUGCCUCUUCACCCGCGAACAUGCUCGCUUCUCUACAGCGUCUCCUGCUUGCUGGAUGCCCUGGAUGGAUAUGCAGCGCGUUAUUACAACCAGUCCACUACGUUCGGCGCUGUGCUUGACAUGGUAACUGAUCGUUGCACAACUGCUUGCCUUCUUGUCUUUCUAAGUUCUGCCUGGCCACGAUGGGCGCUCGUCUUCCAGUCGUUGAUCUCCUUAGAUAUGGCCAGUCAUUACAUGCACAUGUACGCGACUCUCAGUAUGGGCGGGGCCAACCAGAGCCAUAAGAAAAUCGAUUCCUCGCGAAGCUGGGUUCUAUACCUCUACUACAACAGCAGGACUGUCCUUUUCAUCUGCUGUGCUCUCAACGAGCUCUUCUUUAUCGGCCUGUACCUACUCUCCUUUUCGUCUCCUACUCUAUCAUCCUCUCUACUCCAGCCUCCACAAGGUGUUACUGUGGGCGGAACACCACCUCCUCCAGCUUCGACUAGUGUAUUCGCAAGUCCUUGGAGUGCUGGAGCUCUGGAAUUGGCCCGGGCCAACAAGAUUGACAGCUUUUGGCCUUGGGUGAUCACGGCAGUCUCGUUCCCAGUUAUGGCCUUCAAACAAUUUGUCAACGUCGUACAGCUGGUCAAGGCGUCCAAUUGGCUAGUCGAAGGAGACCUUGACAACCGGCGGAAGGCUCGCAAGGCCAGGGAUAAUUAA